AUGGGGGCGAUGCGUCGCGAGGAUUUCUUCGCGAGAGCGCUCGUGGCGAUAUCCACCGCGCGCGCGCUCUUCAUCAGCGCGCAUUUCAACGCGUUCGACUGCGAUGAGAGCUUCAACUACUGGGAGCCCCUACACUUCUUGACCUUUGGUCACGGUUUACAAACGUGGGAACACGGUGAUGCGUUCGCGUUGCGGUCGUACGCGUAUCUGUUCGCGCACUGGCCGAUCGGGGCGAUCGUGAGGGCGGUCGCGGGCGUGGACGCGAAGCGCGCGGCGUUCGUGGCGACCAGAGCGGCGCUGGGCGGCGUCGCCGCGUGGUUCGAGGCGGAUUUAGUCGACGCGUGCGCGAAGAGGCGACCGCUCGUGGGAGGAGUUUUGAUUGUUUUGUUGGCGACGAGCGGAGGGAUGGCGGUGGCGUCGACGUCGAUGUUGCCGAGCUCGUUUGCGAUGACGUGCGUCACCGCGGCGACGGCGGCGACGCUGAGGGGAGAGCACGCGCGUGCGUGCGUCGCGUGCGUCGUCGCGGUGGUGUUCGGUUGGCCGUUCAGUGGGAUCGCGGCGGUGCCGUUUGGGUUGUACUCGGUGUACGGGAUCGGGGUGUGGCGUACGGCGCGCGUCAUUGUCGUCGCCACAACCGCCGCGGCUGUCGUAUCGGUGGCGUGCGACACGUACAUGUACAACCCGCCGGGGAACUUUAAGGCUGUGAGUUCGGUGGUGAAUCUGUUGAGGUACAACGUGGCGAGCGGGAAGAGCGAUCUGUACGGCGUCGAGGGGAUGCUGUUUUACGCGAAAAAUUUGGCGCUCAAUUUCCAACUGGCACUCGUCUUUGCCGCGCUCGCUCCAUUCGCCGUCGCCAUCGCGGUGGCCGCCAAGGCUUGGAGCACGCGAGUUUUGUUAAAGACAAAGAAACAGGACGCAAAAACGGCGCUCGCUGAAGUCGAGACGUACAGGAAUUCAUGGCGUGUGUUUCUCGCUGUGUGCACGCCAUUUCCGUUGGUCACCACCUUCUUCACGAUGAUUCCGCACAAGGAGGAGCGCUUCCUGUAUAUGAUCUACCCGAGUCUGUGUCUUAGCGCCGCCGUUGCCGUGGCAGCGUUCGGGGAGAGCGCGCUCGCGAUUAACAGGCAUACUUUUGGCAAGUCUCGAUUCAGUGAGCGCCUCAUCGUCUUCGGCGUCGUAGCGUCUCUGCUCGCCACCGCGGUGUGCUCCGUCUCGCGCACGAUGGCGCUGUUAAAGUACUACGGUGCUCCGGCGAAGAUGUACGCCGCGCUGCCGAAACCAUCGACGCGCGCCGACGGCGUUGCUUGGCCGGCGUACCUGGCUGAGGAAUUCGAGCAAGCGGGCGCCGACGCCACGGUGAACGUGUGCGUCGGUGACGAGUGGUACCGAUUCCCGAGCUCGUAUCAUUUUCCGUCGAAUCGAUAUCGACUUCGUUUCAUCAAGGGCGGAUUCAACGGCGCGCUACCGAUGCCGUUCGAUCCCGCGCGCGGCGGCUCAGCGCACACGCCCGAGGGUCUCAACGACGACAACGAGGAACACCCGAACCAAUACGUCGAUCCGAGCGACUGCCGCUUCCUCGUCGAGGCCAGAUUCGAUGAAUCGAACACGCACUCGCGCUCAAAAGCGUUCGCCUCCGGUGACUGGGUCGACGUAAAGGUCGAAAAGUUCCUCGACGCGACGCGAUCGCCGACGCUCACGCGGAUCUUCUACCUCCCCGGCCUCUCCGAGCGUCGUAACGCGUACGUCGACUACGCGUUAUUAGUCCGCGCGUCAAAACCUGAAUACUGA